AUUUCUCACUUCUGACAGAGGUAGGUCAUUUGAAUGACUUUCGUAAGUUCCUUGUCAUUUUCACUUCACCGACACUAAGGUUCCGUCAGAAACUUUCAGUAUGGAUGCUGCUGCAGGUUUAUUAUCUGAAACCGAUGCAUACAAAAAACUCCAGAGUUAUUUUGAUUCUAAUAAAGAAAAACUUGUAUUAAAGACCCUCUUUCAAAGUGAUCCCGAUAGAUUUAAAAAUUACAGCAUUGUGUUAGAAACACCUGUUGGUGGGGAAAUUUUGAUUGAUUAUUCCAAAAAUCUUAUUGAUCACACAGUUUUCAAAUUACUUUUGGAUUUGGCAAAAGCCAGAAAUAUUGAGAAGGCGAGAGAUGCAAUGUUCAGUGGAGAAAAGAUUAAUUUUACCGAAAAUCGCGCUGUGUUACAUACAGCACUUCGCAAUCGCAGCAAUAAGCCUAUAUUGGUUGACGGAAAAGAUGUAAUGCCUGAUGUAAAUGCAGUUUUGCAGCAUAUGAAAGAAUUUUGUGAGCAAGUAAGAAGUGGUGAUUGGAAAGGUUAUACUGGAAAAUCUAUUACUGAUGUUGUCAACAUUGGCAUUGGUGGAUCUGAUCUGGGUCCACUGAUGGUUACAGAAGCCUUAAAAGCCUACCACAAAACUGGUCCAAAUGUGCACUUUGUGUCCAAUAUUGAUGGAACACAUUUAGCUGAAACUCUGAAGAAACUAAACCCGGAAACAGCAUUGUUUAUUAUUGCAUCCAAGACUUUUACAACUCAAGAAACAAUAACUAAUGCAGAAUCUGCAAAAUCCUGGUUCCUAAGUCAAGCAAAAGAUGCAUCAGCUGUUUCAAAACAUUUUGUGGCUCUUUCAACCAAUACUCCCAAAGUGAAAGAAUUUGGAAUUGAUGAGAAAAAUAUGUUUGGAUUUUGGGAUUGGGUUGGAGGUCGUUAUUCUUUGUGGUCAGCCAUUGGUCUUAGCAUUGCUCUUUACUUAGGUAUGGAAAACUUCGAACAACUUUUAUCUGGUGCUCACUAUAUGGAUCAACAUUUCCAAAAUACACCUCUUGAAAAGAAUGUUCCAGUAAUUUUAGCUCUUCUUGGAGUAUGGUAUGGCAAUUUUUAUGGUGCUGAGAGUCAUUGUUUGCUUCCAUAUGACCAGUAUAUGCACAGAUUUGCUGCUUAUUUCCAACAAGGUGAUAUGGAAUCUAAUGGAAAGUAUGUAACUCGUAGUGGAAAACUUGUUAAUUAUACUACAGGUCCAAUUGUUUGGGGAGAACCAGGAACAAAUGGACAACAUGCUUUUUACCAACUGAUACAUCAAGGCACUCGACUUAUCCCAUGUGAUUUCAUUGCACCUGUUAAAACUCACAAUCCAAUCAAAGAGGGGCUUCAUCAUGAAAUUUUACUUGCCAACUUCCUUGCUCAGCCUGAAGCUUUGAUGAAAGGUAAAACUGCUGCUGAAGCUGAAGCUGAAUUAAGGAAAUCAAAUGUCAGUGAAGACGAAUUGAAAAAAAUACUUCCACAUAAGGUUUUCCUUGGUAAUAAACCAACAAAUUCAAUUUUGGUUGACAGGAUUACACCUUUCACUUUAGGAGCUUUGAUUGCAAUGUAUGAACACAAAAUUUUCACGCAAGGUAUUAUUUGGGGCAUAAAUUCCUUUGAUCAGUGGGGUGUCGAGUUGGGUAAACAAUUGGCAAAGCUGAUUCAACCAGAGUUGAAAGGAAAAGACCCUGUUUCAUCUCAUGAUAGCUCUACAAAUGGCCUCAUCAAUUUCAUCAAAAAAUACAACUGAAUUUCCUCUCAUGAAAACUUCUCACCUUCAUGAAAUUAUAUUUGUGUCAAAAGGAAACUCAGCAUGUCCCAAAAUGUUCGUACAUGUAAUUGUGAACAGUGAACGAUACUUAACAUUAUUCUACUAAAAUUUGUAUUCUGUUCCAUCGAAAUAUGUUGUUAUGGUUGUGAUAUAUAUUUUAGAUUGUUUAAAGUAUUUUAUUCUUUUUCCUGUUACAUGAAUCCUUUUUUAAGAGAAUCAAAAUUUAUUUUAUUUCCUGAAAUGUCUUGUCUCUUAUUGUUCUUGGGGUCGCUACACAUAUAUAUAAUACUAAUGAGUGCUUUAAAAGUAUAUAAUUAUAGUUUUUAAAUGGAGUAAAGUAGCUUUUGCUUUCAAUAAAAUACAUGUUGCAAUAUA